UGUUUUGAGCUUUUGCAGAUUUGUCACAUUUUCCAACGAAAAAGCUGCUGAACCAGAAGUGCGGGUUGGGUCUUGUCCUCUGCAUCUUUUGCAAUAAUUCAUGAAGAGUCGUAGAAGCUAAAAGAGGAGCAGUGUUUUUAAAUGUUAGACAUGCUAUUUCCAUUGUUGCAGUUUUACUGUAGAAGCAAGCAAAGUGUCUGUCAGAGGAUGCAACUAAUAUUUGUUUAGCCGCUGUCAGUCGUGGCUGCUGUUGACAGGACCAAAGUUCAUCCACGCAGGGCUGAACAACAUCUCAGUGGCUGAGUUUCAAUGGCAGCCUAUCCAACAACAUCAUCAAAGUCUCACUGCUGUCUCAACAAUGAACUGUGGAAAGCCUCAAGCUCUGACUGAACAAUGGCCAGGUUUAGGCGUAAAUCUUGCAUCACAUUAAUUGCUUUAGUGUUGCUUGUACUCAUCUUAAGUGUAGUACUAAAAUCGCUCACACCAGAGGACUCGGAGUUCAGCGGCCCUGUUGGCAUUGAGCUGUUUGCGGACAAAAAGAAUGACAAUCAGAUCCAGAGAGAUAAUAAAGCUGACAGUAAAUCAGACCAGACUAAAAUGAAUGACUCCGCUCAGUCAGACAAAGACAGAGAGCUGGAGGCUACACUGAGGAAGUUUCCUCCUCCCAACUACUAUCUCCAUGCUUUCUACUACACAUGGUAUGGAAACCCCAAGUUUGAUGGCAAAUACGUCCACUGGGACCAUCCACAGAUGCCACACUGGGACUUCAAGGUGGCUCAGGGGUAUCCACAAGGGAGACACGUCCCACCUGAUGACGUUGGGUCCAAUUUCUACCCGGCUUUAGGGGCUUACAGUUCCAGAAACCCCUCCAUUUUAGAGGCUCAUAUGCAGCAGCUACGCACGGCAGCCAUUGGUGUCCUUUCUGUUUCCUGGUACCCUCCUAGUACGAAGGAUGACAAUGGUGAGCCAACAGAUGACAUUGUGCCUUUGCUGCUGGAAGUGGCACAUAAAUACUACAUUAAGGUUUGUUUCCACAUUGAACCAUACAAAGGAAGAGAUGAAGUCAAUAUGUACACUAAUGUCAAAUACAUCAUUGAAAAAUACGGAGAGCACCCUGCCUUUUUCAAGUACAGGACAAACAAUGGAAAGCUCCUUCCACUCUUCUACGUGUAUGACUCCUAUCUGAUGAACUCGGAGCAGUGGGCCAAACUGCUAAAACACACAGAGAGUAACAGCAUCAGGGAUACCCCGUAUGACGCCAUCUUCAUCGCCCUGCUGGUUGAGGAGAAACAUAAGCGGGAUAUCCUGACUGCGGGUUUUGAUGGCAUCUAUACCUAUUUCGCUACUAGUGGAUUUUCUUAUGGGUCCACUCAGCGGAACUGGGACUCCAUUAAGGCUUUCUGCGAAGAUAACAACCUGAUAUUCAUUCCAAGUGUGGGUCCAGGUUAUAUUGACACAAGCGUUCGACCCUGGAACUUCCAAAACACUCGAAACCGUAUCAAUGGGAAAUACUAUGAGACCUCGCUGAGUGCUGCAUUAGAAGCCAGGCCUGAUUUCAUCUCCAUAACAUCUUUUAAUGAAUGGCACGAGGGGACUCAAAUUGAAAUGGCAAUUCCCAAAGCGAGCCAGACUGUGUACUUGGACUACCUGCCUAAUAAACCUGCCAUCUACCUGGAGAUUACUCGCAAAUGGGCUGCAAUAUUUGGCGGUGAGCGCAGAAAAUGGCAGGAAUGAUCUGACUAAGAGCCAUUUAAUGUUGAUACUGUAUUUGAUGUUAUAAUAACUUAAUGGAGAAUACACAACCAAGUACAAAGGAUGAAUAAUUGAUUGAGAAAAGCCACAGGCAAGUCAACUACUUCAUUACUGUAUCUUAAUUUUGGCUGCAGUGAUCUAUGUUACCUUUUACACUUGGGUGCUUUAUUGUUAAUUUAACUGAUGUCUUAUUACUUCAUGUUUACACAGCCUGGAUUAAUGACAUAAUGAGCAUGUUUUAUCACUGUUAUAGAUUUCAGUUUAUUUACAGCUGAAGCUAUGUGUAGGCAUGUUUUUGCCUUUGCCUUUCUGUAAUCUGUGACUAUAUUAAACCUCAAUAGAUAUAAAUAAUGUA